AUGGCCGAAACCUUCUCGCUCUACGAUUUAAAAGUCGAAGUCCUCUGCCCGCCCGGAGAAAAGAUCUACUGUGGAGCGAAAGCAGGAGAUCAUUUCAUUCUGCGAGGAGAAAUGCUUCACUUGCCUGAAGGCCAAGGGUUUAGUAUUUAUAGUUUGUCUGCGGUUCUGCCUCUUCUUGCAGCGAAACAGCGACCAACGCAUGCGAAUGACUGGAUGUCGACAGAUGCGCUCGUCGCGUGUCCGGAUCCGAAUUGCAAAUCACUGUUGAAGAUUACGAGGCUUGGGAUGAGGGAGUUUAGGCAUGCUGAGACUACCGCGGUGCCUUUAGAUGGUAAUCAUGCGGGAUAG